CUGAAAUUUGUUUACGAAAAGAUUCCAAUGCAUAAGUGUCUUUCAUCCACAAACCUUUGCUUUUAUUCAUGAAAUUUUUCAAAUCGUCUUACACAUUAGAAAUGCAAUAAUAGAACGCAUAGUAUCGUGUUUAGUAAAAAUGGAUGUGCCUGGUUUGAGUUUAUUUCAGGGAGCUGAAAGCAUCAAAUUAAACACCGAACAACAGAGAAUCGAAGAAGAAGAUGCUAUUGAAGAUCGAAAGAGACGUAAUGAAGAGCUGAAAAAUGAGCUAGAAAAUGCAUUUGAUGAUCUGGCGGAAUUCGAUGAUGACGAAGAUACAAUGUACAAUGUUCGUAAUUCGUCGGUAAAUGGUAAGAAAGGAAUAUUCAAUGGCAGAAACAUCAAUCACAAAGCACAUCUCGAUAAUCGUGACACUGAACGAGCCACCGAAAUUCUACAGCUGAAAAAUAUGCUGGCAUCAAAGAAUGAAGAGCUGCGAAACAUAAACGUCGAAUUUACCAGUGAACGUACAAAAUUACAGAAUAAAAUUGAUGAGCUAAACAAACGCUUUGCCAUCACCGAGGCGGAGAAAGAGCGCUCAAAUAUGAAUCGGGCUCAAACACAUCAACUAUUUGUGGAAUCAAAACAAAAGUUAAUCGAACGCGAUGAACAAAUUGCCGAAUUGAAUGCAAAAAUAAAAUCGCUUGAUGCCAGAAAUUUGGAGUUGGUUGGUGAAUUGGAGCGAACAAAGUCACUGUUGAGCGAGAUACAGCACAAAUAUCACAUGUUCGAACGAAAUGCCGGCUACACAUCGGAGAAGCAUACGGAUAUCAUGAUAAAACAAUUGAAUGACCAACAUGCAGCCAAAACUGAUAUGAUGCAACAACAAAUAAAUACAAUGCGUACGAAGUUGGAGGAUCGUGAGAGUGAGUUAAAACGUUUACUGGUGCAAAACAAUGAGUUGCACAGUUCACGCGAGGCUAUGUUGCUGGAUAAAUCGGAUACCAUAAAUCAAUUGUCGAAACGGUUGGACGAAUCGCAGCGUCAAGUGCAGGAGAUGAUUAUGAAAAACGAAAGCGGCGGAGAUUUGGCGCAGGAAAAUAUCAAAUUGUUGCGGUCGGUAACAAAUUUACAGCAACAAAAUCGAGAGAUGCAACAGACAAUCAAUGACUUGACGUUGAGAUUGGAGUCGACAACCACUGAACUCGACCAACUCACCGAGACGGCCAUUCACAAUGUCGAAACGAUUUCAUCGUCGGCCACUGACGAAAAUCAAUUCAUGUCAAAUGGUAUCAUGGAUACGCCGAUGAUUCGAAAAGCGGUCAGCCAUCCAAGGCUUGCUAUGAGCAGUACACCGUUGCUGGUUGGCGAUCGUAUCACAAGACUGAAACUCGAGUUUAAUCGUUGUGUGACCGAUCAAAAAGCGAAACGACAAGAGAUUCUUGCAUUGAAAGAGGAGUUGAUGGAGAAAAAUCGGGAAAUUGAUCGAAUUAAGGCAGACGAAAAUCGUGUACUGAUCGAAUUGAACAUUAAUAAAGAAGAAAACGAACGUUUUAGAAUACGUCUGAAGAAUACGGAAAGAGAACUGGACGAGUACAAGAAUAAAAUGAUGUCAGGCAGUCAAGAAAAUACCCCGAAAGAUGAAAGCGAACUGUUGAAUCGCCUGCACAAACUCGAACGAGAUAAUGAGAAUUUCCGUUCCAAUUGUAAUCAUUUGAAUGAAACGAUUCGUGCUUUGGAAGAUGAACGUGAUCAUACUGAAGAGAAAUAUCGGGAAGCAUGUAAGGAUAUUGCUGAGCUUCAACAAAAGAUUAGCCGUUUUGAGUCGAAUUCAUGUUUGGAAUGUGAAAAACAGAAAUUCUUGGCCAACGAAGCCAAACAGGAAUGCUUACGAAUAAAGGAGCUGUACGUACGGAUUUCGGAUGAAAAAGAAGACACUUCGCGAAGACUUCGUCAGAUCGAAGCAAUCGACAUAAACAAAGAGCUUCUCGAACAACGAAAUAUGGUCGCCAGCUUGGAACGAUCACUGCAACUGGCCGAAAUGAAGUGUACCGAAGUUUCAAAAAUACUCGAACGAGAGAAAAUCGAUCAUGAAAUUCAGAUUCAAAACAUGCGUGCCAAGUAUGAACAAGAAAUUUUCGGUAUCGAGAAGGAGCAAAAGGACAUUUCAAAUUCAUGCCGUAAAUGUGUUGAUUUGGGGACGAAAAUAGCGAAGUAUGAAAUGGAAAAUUUGCAAUUGCAAACCACUUGUUCGGGAUACACGAAGGACAUAAAUGAGCUGAAAAAGUCAUUGAAAAAAGCUGAUCAAACCGUAGCCGAUUUGACAAGCAAAUUGGCACUUAAGCUCGAACACGAUCAAUUACUCGAUGAGUUGAAGAACAAAGCCAGCCAAUUUGAAGAGUUUAUGCGAAAUCAAUCUCCAACCAAAUCAAUUCUAACAGAUGUGGUUGCAAUCAGUAGUCAAACUAGUCGGGUUCGUGAUCAAUGUGUAUCAACAGAAGAUUUGCUUGAAAGUCCUCGCUCUGGCAGUCGAAGUAGCCCGCAAGGCUUGGAUCGAUCAGCGGAGAAGAAAAUUCGACAAGAAAUGUCACGCGCAAUGGCCAUCGAAGUAAAAUCACUUGAAAACGAAUUCAAGGAGCAAAUACUCAAUCACAAACAACAAAUCAACGACAUGCAGGCGACGCUAAAGGAGCGUGAAACUGAUAUAUCCAAUUUGAAAACGUGUAUUUUGAAAGAGCGUCACGGAAUCCGGCAGAUCUUAGACCAGAAAGAUCAGGAGCAAGCGGAGGCUAUGAAAAAACAUCAGGCAAUUUUGUUGGCCACACGUAAUGAACUUGAUGCGGCAAAUAAACGUAUCGAAACUUUAAUGAACGAACUAGAGCAGAGCACGAAUCAAUUCCAAGCCGAACGUGACAGUGUAAGUAAAUUGAUGGCACAAUGGAAAGCAGAGCUUGCUGCUUUUGCUGAACGUGAAGAAAAUCUCAACGAACAGAUGCAAAUCAUGGAAAGUAGCCAUGCGGCGACGGUUCAAAGUCUUAACGAAAAAUACGUGGCUGCUAAGAAAACGGCAGCAAACUACAAAAGAUAUUCGGACGAUAAAGAGAAACACAUCGAACGGGAAAGCGAACGAAUUAAACAGGCCUACGAAAAGGCAGUGGAAAAAGUUAAAGAAAGUACAAAAGUUGCAAUCAAAGAACACGAAAAAGAAGCAAAGAGACGAAUAGCUGAACUGCAAGGUGAAUUGGACACUCUCAGACGGAAUUGUAACAGUUUAGUUUAACAUAUUUUGUAUUUUUUUAAGUAUAUGUUUAAUGUUAUCAGUAUUGUGCAACUUGUUCACGUUUUUGUUGAAAUAAAUAAAAAGUAAAUCAAUAGCAAAAUAAAAAUAAAGAGUCUUACGGGAGUAAGACGAACUUUUCCG